CCAGACCGGGCGCAAUUGGCAAAUGCGACGGCUGCAGCCCUUGAACGGAUUUUGUCCGUCUCCUCAUAUCCAUGCCCGGACCGGAGGGAAAAUGGCUCUCGAUAUGCCGACGAGUCGGAUAUGGCUCGUUCUACUUGAACGACCGGAAGCCUCCAUUCCAUCAUGUCAACGUUACACAGGCCUGACUGACACAGUCCUUAAAUCCGGUGCCAGGGGCGUCUCUAUUAUCUGAUCAGAGCCACCUCCUCAGAGUGCUCUCAUUAUGAUACCUAUCACAGCCAUCAUCAGGGUGGCCACUUUGGCCGUCCUGUUCGGUUUGAGUCAAGGUCGCCCGAGCCCCGCUGGCAUCAUCACCUUGUCGGGUGGCCUUGUCUAUCGCUCCAGCGCUCCGCCAUCCACCUUUGACUAUAACACGGAUAAACCAGGUCCAAAGAACUGGGUCGGUCUCUAUCGAGCUUCUGGUGGCGGCCCAGACGACCAGAAGCACGUCGAAGACUCCUUAGCAUGGGCCUAUGCUCCAGACAGUCAGGGUUCCGUGCGGCUCUCCACAUCGUCGCUACCGUCUGGCAAAUACAAGGCGUAUUUUCUCGCAGAUGACGGCUACAAGUGGCUCGCAGACCCCAUCGAGGCUACUCUGGUAGCUGGUCAAGGCUCUUUAUCUAUUGUUGAGCAAGAGCAACCCUUCACCUUUAAAUACUCAACCGAUCGACCAAAGCCCAAAAAUUGGAUUGGAGUCUAUCACGCCCGCGGAGGUGGUCCCGACAACCAAGAGCAGGGGCCUGCUUCACUGGCGUGGGACUGGGCGCCUGACGGCGAGGGAACGCUCCAUAUUCCAGUAUCGAAGCUACAGCCUGGCGACUACAAAGCCUAUUUUCUCGAGGACAAUGGGUACAAGUGGCUCGCUAAUCCGAUUGAGAUCUUUCUCCCCGGAAAGGGCCCCAUCAAGUUCAUCGUCGAUAAGUUCAAGACGGCCAACGCCCAGCAUGGUGAGCCGUUCAAGGCCAGCAUACGCGGCCUUCUCGCCAACCCACCGGAUGCCAAGACCAAGUUCAGCAUAUUGAAAGCCUCAUCAAGCGCUAGUUGGGUUUCCCUAUCGACUGAUGGAACGCUGUCGGGGACUCCGAGUGCGUCGUCCACGGGCAAUGCAGAGGUGACAAUCGAGGCUGCCGCGUCCGAUGGGUCCAAAGCUCAGUUGACCGUCACGAUUCCGAUUGUUGACUCGGGGUCUCUCCUUGUCAGCCGCUUGAGGGUCCUGUCGUUCAACUUGUGGUUCGGAGGCACACAGGUCAAUGACUACCACAACAAACAAGUCCGCUUUCUGAGCGAGACUGACGUGGACCUCGUCGGCCUGCAAGAGAGCACAGGUGGCCAUGCGAUACGGCUCGCGCAGGCACUGGGGUGGGACUACUGGCAGGGAAACGACGUCGGCAUCAUUUCUCGGUAUCCCAUUGCUGAGGUGUAUACGCCGACGUCGAACGCGGGCGCGGUCCGAGUCCAACUGGGCCGCGACAAGGACAUCAUCAUAUGGAAUGCGCACCUGGGGUACACGCCGUACGGGCCGUACGACUUUUGCUUCGACAAGAUGGAAAAAGAGAUCGUCUUGAACCGAGAGGCUCAGUCUGGUCGCACUGGCCAGAUGCACGAGAUCACAGACCGCAUGAAGGAGCAGCUCACGCGAGCCGACAAGGUCCCCGUGCUUCUCACCGGAGACUUCAACGCGCCUUCUCACCUGGAUUGGACAGACGCCGCCAAGGAUCUCCAUUGCGGCAUAGGGUCUGUCAAGUGGCCGACAUCGAUGUAUCCCCAGAUGGCUGGACUGGUGGAUUCAUAUCGAGCAGUGCACGAGAACCCGAUAGAGCAGCCCGGCAUCACCUGGUCCCCCAUCUACCUGACGAACGAAGGCCGGUCCGAGCCGAAGGAUCGCAUCGACUUCAUAUUUCACAAGGGCCUACGGGUACUGAGCUCAGAGACGGUUGUCGUAGGGAGCCCAAAGCCCGAGCCGGACCACCAAGACAACGAGUGGACGUCGGACCACGCGGCGGUCAUGACGGACUUUGAGAUUACCAGGUAGCCCGGCGGUCGCUUGUGAUUGUCGCUGGAAGCGCUGUCAUGGCAUAGGAGCGUCAACAGGCUCACGCGCGCCGACUCCAAAUGUGCAGUCUGGCUUCCGGAUGCAUGAGAACAUGGGAACGAGGUCGGAAAGCUGUGUCAUCAUCUUCUGUGUAUAUGUGUUCAUGCACUUUCAUUUAGCCCAAACUUUAGUCAAGCGCAUUCCAUGUAGGAGGACUAUAAGCAUAUAUUCUGAUUUUGCUCGGUUGGCGAAUACAUACGACCAGAGCCACCAUAAAAAUCGGGAUCCCGUCCGAUCUCCCAGGACAAGUUGGUGAGCGCCGGAUUAGUAGCUGGG